CACGUGACAAUAGUCACAUGUUUUGCGCAAGAUUUCGGCCAGCGCGAGCGCGACACUGCACUGCGUGCGAAAUCGACUGCGAAAAACUCAGAGCUAGACAGGACUGAAUGGCUGCUCCUGGAGGUAAUGCGAACGAAGAGGUCCAGCCGUCGGCUCCCCCGGCUGCCUGGGUGAGCGGGAAUCCGCCCAGCUACAAUGCCGUGUCGCAGCAGAACCAGCUCUACCCGACCAUCAGCCGACGAGACCAGUUCGUGGAGUCUCUUCAGACGGCAGGUUAACAGAAUCCUUUGAGGGUAGAAUUUCAGCACCUCUCACUCGUUUCAUCUAUCUCUUAGGAGGAGCAGUGGGCCGCUGGUUUGGCGUUGCUGGUGACGAUCAGAUGGAGACGGCAGGUUGGCAGCGGACGGGGACUCUGCCGCGCGAGGCAGCCCGGAGCUACACAGUUCUACCGCAGCAAGAUCCCGACGACUACCCUCCUCCGGGACCGGCCGUAGAGCUCGGGAACCGUCGCAGAGACGGUGGCGAAACGACGGAGUCUGCAGGAGCCGGAGCGCGAAGAGGGCGGGGCAGGCGCGGGAUGGAUCGGCUGGCGGCGACGCUGACUCUCCAGCGGCGACGGAAACCGUCGUCGCGGGCAGAGGUGGAGAAGACGCUCCCCAAGUUCUGGCCCGUAGCGACUGUCCUAGUUGCUAUCGCCGAGCUAGGGCUGCUCACAGCUCUCCUGGUGCAGAACGGGUUCGCCCCGAUUUCCUUCAACCCCCGAAUCGUGAAUGACGUGAUUGAGGGGUUCGGGAAUUACUCAGAGUUUGUGACGAGACACGACGUUCCAAAUUUCUUCAUCGGGCCAUCAGGCAGCAGUCUGAUCCACGCAGGAGCCAAGUACACUCCGUGUAUGAGAGACAAUGUGCAGUUCCGGGUGGACGCAGCCCAGGACAGGGCAGAAGAAAACAGUCUGCGAUGUUGUCUUGGGCCUCCAGUCAGCAGACCUCAGUGUGGAAUGCUACCCCAGGGAGUGUGUACAGUGAUGUAUGAGAACAGUGUGGUGCUGGGAGGUGAGAGUGUGUGCCAGGCUGAGAUGAACAACACCGAGUACUGUACUGGUGGAGUCGUCCUCCAUCCCUGCUGCGUCGGUCUCCUCGGUGACUGUGUCGUGACCACAGAGGAGAACUGCACCUUCCAUAAAGGUCACUGGCACCCCGACAAGUUGUUGUGUAGUGAAGUGAGCACUCAGUGUUUCAAGGACAUCUGCGAGCUCACCUGGUCAGCUCCUGGACGCCGCCCACAGCAGGGGGUGCGGUUUCUCUCGGCCAUCUUUCUGUACGAGGGGAUCAUUCACUGGAUCCUCAUAGCUCUCUUCAAGAUCCCAGUCAUGUGGAAGAUUGAGACCAGAAUCAGUUGGCUGAGGGUGACACUCAUCUACGUUCUGUCUGGAAUUGGAGGAUAUGUAGUCAGUGGGAUUUUCGAAGCUACUUCUCUAUCCGUGGGAGGCUCAGGCUCACUGUUUGGUCUGUUUGGAGUCCUGCUGGUGGAGCUGUUGCAGGGAUGGCGCUGGGUCCGCAGGCCGUGCGUCGAACUUCUCAAACUCUGCAUCUUCAUCAUUUUCAUGCUGGCUCUAGGUCUCCUGCCAUACAUUGACAACUACUCUCAGAUCGGAGGAUUUCUUGUCGGAAUCCUCUCCUCCUUCAUCUUCAUCCCUUACAUUACUCUGGGGAAGUGGGACAGAGCAAAGAAACUGUGCCUCAUACUAACAGCAGUGCCACUGAUCCUAGCCUUCUUUCUGGUGGGAUUCGUGGUGUUCUACAACCUUCCCUAUCCCGACUUCUGCCCCAGCUGUAGCUACAUCAACUGUGUCCCAAUCACCAGAACAUUCUGCGAUGAUUUCAUCACAAACGUAGUGUCCAGUGCCGUGCCUACACAACCGCCCCAAACCUAACACACUUCCACUCUUCUUUUAGCUCUAUGCUUGUUAAAGUGUGUGCACUACUGUGUGUGUGCGUGUGUGUGUGUGUAUGGAUCAUCAUCGUUGUAGGUGUCAUAAACGUUAAUGCAUCCAUAAGAAAGACAUAAAAUGGCAGCAUAAGUGUGCAUGGUAUAAAUAUUACUGCAUUUGACAAAAUCGGCGCUAGUUGUGCUGAAAAUGUAGGUGAGAGUGUUAGAAAUGGCCUCUUCUGCUGCUUGAUCUCCUUUCUUUGACACUCCUCUUGGCGUUGAUGGGUCCUGGGCUGGGUCCAGCUUGUCCGUUGGUAAUGGUGUACCUCCGCGGAGGAGAUGUGGAGGAUGAGGAGGGAGUCUGCUCGGUGAGAACUCGGCGAGACACUCCUGGAAUAAGGUCCGCCAGCUCCAGCCUCCCGCCAGAGAAUCCGUGACCGGCUACACUCGGCAACCUCUGACAU